AUGUUGGGCCAGUCACGGAUAGUGGUUCUUUGUCUGCUCGCGGUUCUUCCGCUUUUAGCAGCGCAAGGUCAGCAGGCACGUAUCGUCUGCUACUUCAGCAAUUGGGCAAUCUAUCGGCCCGAUGUCGGACGCUACACGAUCGAUGACAUCCCGGCGGAGAUGUGCACCCACAUCAUCUACUCGUUCAUCGGUGUCGAUGACAGCGACUAUCAGGUGCUGGUGAUCGAUCCGGAAAUCGAUCUGGAGCAGAAUGGGUUCCGCAACUUUACUGAGAUGCGGCAAAGGUACCCGAACGCCAAAUACCAGAUAGCGGUCGGCGGUUGGGCGGAAGGGGGCAAGAAGUACUCGGAAAUGGUAGCGGUCAAGGAGCGACGCCAGUCGUUCAUCGCGAGUGUGGUGCAGUUUAUGAAGGUGUACAACUUCGACGGUUUCGAUCUGGACUGGGAGUACCCGGGAGCGGCGGACCGUGGCGGUAGCUUCGGCGAUAAGGAUAAGUUUUUCUACUUCGUCGAGGAGCUCCGGCGUGCGUUCGAUCGCGAGGGACGUGGCUGGGAGAUCACGAUGGCGGUACCGGUGGCCAACUUCCGUUUGCAGGAAGGAUACCAUGUGCCUGAGCUGUGCGAGAACCUCGACGCCAUCCACUGUAUGACGUACGAUCUGCGAGGCAACUGGGCAGGGUUUGCCGACGUUCACAGUCCACUGUACAAACGGCCGCACGAUCAGUGGGCAUACGAGAAGCUGAAUGUGAAUGACGGUGUUCAACUGUGGGUCAAUUAUGGCUGUCCACCCAACAAACUGGUUGUUGGUGUUCCAUUUUACGGACGAACCUUUACGAUGAGUGCCAGCACUACAAAUCCUAUGCUUGGAUCGUACAUCAACAAGGAAGCAGGAGGUGGAGAUCCGGGACCGUACACCAAUGCGACUGGGUUUUUGGCGUACUAUGAGAUAUGUACCGAGGUUCAGGAUGAGGAGAAAGGAUGGACGAAGAAAUGGGACGACGUUGGACUAUGUCCGUACACCUACAAGGGAACGCAGUUUGUGGGAUACGAGGAUGAGCGGUCGCUCCAGUACAAGAUGGACUGGAUCAAGCAGAAGGGAUAUGCUGGCGCUAUGACGUGGGCAAUCGAUAUGGACGACUUCCAUGGGUUGUGUGGUCCGGAGAAUGCCCUGAUGAAGGUACUGUACGACAACAUGAAGGAUUACGUUGUGCCCGAACCGACAGUGACCACCACACCAAGGGUAGGUCCGGAAUGGAAUCGACCACCGUCGACGAUGUCUUCGGAAGGAGAUCAACCAUCGCAGCGUCCAACAACCACCACCAGCAAACCAAGACCAACGACAACGGCUGCACCGACCACCAGAACCACACGGCGAACGACAACAACCACGCGGAAACCUACCACAAUUCUGCCCCCCGCACCAACCGACUCGGAAGAAGAGCGAGAGCCAAUGCCAGUAGAACCGCCCCAGCCUGAGCACGAGGAUGAGUCCGAGAUCGAUUGCUCGGGUUAUAAAGAUUUUGUUCCGUCGGCUGACUGCACCAAGUACUAUCGCUGUGUGCACGGACAGCCGGUAGAGUUCGUCUGCAAGCCGGGCACCGUAUUCCAUACCGCCCUGAACGUAUGCGACUGGCCUGAAAACGCUGACCGACCGGAAUGUCGCACCAAGGCGAAGCUGAUCGAACCACUGGCCGAUGAGUAUGGCACUUUGCUGAUAUCGCUGGUGGUGGCGUUCCUGCUGGUGGAGCAGCGACACUGCCGACUGAUUUGUCACUACACGACCUGGUCCCAGGGUCGGGCCAAUCCGUAUUCCUACCGCAUCGAAGACAUCCCGGGCGAUCUGUGCACGCACGUGGUGUACAACUUUGUCGGCGUCGACAUCGAAGAGUACGAGCUGGCGCUGCUGCAGCGCGAGAUUGAUGUGGUGCAGAAUGGGUUCGGGCGCUUUGUCGCCCUGAAGCAACGGUUUCCCGAUCUGAAGAUGUACGUUGCGGUCGGUGGAUGGGACCAUGGCGGCGAACCCUUCAGCAAGAUGGCCGCGUUCCGGAAUCGCCGCAAAAAGUUCGUGGACAGCGUGGUGAAGUUUAUGGCACGGUACGGGUUCGACGGGAUAGAGCUGGUGUGGCUGUACCCGGGCAGUGCGGAGCGUGGCGGCACGAACAACGAUAAGGACAAUUUCGUGUAUCUGGUGGAUGAUUUGAAGACGGCAUUCCUGAAGGCGAGACAAUCGUGGGAAGUCGCCAUACAGGUGCCAGCUGAUCACACGCGAUAUGAAGUGGGCUACGAUCAGGGUCUGCUUUGCGAGAGUGCUGACUACGUGCAUAUAGCAGGAUAUGAUCUGCGUGGGUCCUGGACCGGCUUCGCCGACGUGCACAGCCCGAUGAAGGAUCGCUCGCACGACCAAGGCAUUUACAAAGGGCUGAACGUGCAGGACGGGGUGGAGUCGUGGCUGAAGAGUGGUUGCGCCCCGAACAGGGUCGUUCUUGGCGUACCCUUUCUCGGUCGGACGUACGUGCUGCAGAAUAGCAAGCAGAACGGGUUGGGAUCGCCCACCAGCGGCCCGGGACCGAAGGGUCAGCACACGUACACCGCCGGAUACCUGGGAUACUUUGAGAUCUGUCCCAAGCUAAAGCAAAGCGGUUGGCGCACGUUCUGGGAUUCGGUUGGCCAGUGUCCGUACGCUUACAGGGGUAACCAGUGGAUUGGGUACGAGAACGAAAGCUCGUUGAAGGAGAAGGUAGAGUUCGCCAACAAGAAGGGGUUGGCCGGUGUUUAUGCCUUUUCGCUGGAUCUGGACGAUUACCGGGGUACGUGUGGUGAACCGUACCCUCUCAUGAGCACCUUGGCAAACUUGCUAAAGAAAAAGCACGACACUGACAUAGUGUUCGCCUUUGAGCGUGGCGAUAAGAAGUGA